AUGUCCACCCCCCUCUCCCUCGUCGCAACCGACAAAAUCAUCCUCUUCGGCGACUCCAUCACCGAGCUGAGCUCCGACCAAUCCCUCGGGUUCGCCCUCGCCCCGGCCCUGCAACAUGAAUACUUCCGCAAACUGCAUGUCGUGACGCGCGGGUACGGGGGGUACAACAGCGAGCACGCGCGACACAUCCUAGAGCCGAUCCUGGACUUUGAAACGGCGGGGCCGCCGGGGGUGAAGGUCAGGAUCCGGCUACUGGUGAUCUUUUUCGGGACGAACGAUGCGUCGAAGAACGACUACCAGUUUGUGUCCCUCGAGCGGUACAAGGAGAAUCUGAGGGAGAUGGUGCGUCUUGCGCGGAGCAGGAACAUCCCCGUCAUCCUCGUCGGCCCCGGUCCUGUCGAUGAGUAUGCGCCCGUCGUGCUGGAUUCCCCCGACGGACCGGACGAGUGCACGACGCUGCGCAACAGGGAAUAUUCAGAAGCUGCCCGUGGCGUCGCCGCCGAGACAGCCGUGCCUUUUAUCGACCUGUGGACAGCGCUGCUGCGCGCUCAGGGCUGGACAGACGGCGAGCCGAUCAUCGGCAAGCGCGGCGAAAACCCGCCCAGCAGUGGGAAAAACCUACGCGACCUGCUCACAGACGGGAUCCAUUUCUCGGGAAAGGCAUACCGCGUGUGGUUUGACUUGCUGCGAAAGACGAUCCGUGGAAAUAUAACCGUGGAUAACAUAACCAUACAAUAUGCCAUGGCUGGGCAAGAACAGAGCAUUAAUGCUUCGCAGGACUGCAUGAGGGAAUACAGCAAAGAACAAAUACUGUACUCCGUACUAGAGAUAACUCGCCGGGAUAAUUAUCUUCCGGUGGGCUGGAUUAUACUAAUAUACGUGUCAGGGUUAGGGCUGGACCGGAACCCUCCCGAUUUGGAAGCUAUUCUACUGACGUAUUCCAUCGCUCCCACAUGCUGUAUCUGCACAACUACUGUUAUUCUGCCUGCUUUCUUCCCUCCACCCCAGCCAUGCCAGCACUAUCAGCGCCUUCAGCAGCGCCGCCGUCCACAAUGCCCCCGCCAACCCCACCGAACUAUCGCAGUAGAUGCUCGUCAGCACGACGCUCACGAACGAGCCCCAGAUGGUGAUGGCGGCGCUGUCGAGCAGGCCCGUGAUGGUGUAGCAGGCCAGCAGGAUGAGGUCGGCCCAGCGCGUGUCGACGUGGGCUUUAUAUCUGAUGACUGUACGAACGAAGUAGGCAUGUAG